AUGUCUAUUGCAGCAAAAGUCUACAACAAAAUCCUGAUCAACCGUCUUAGACCACAUAUUGAUCCUGUGCUAAGGAACAACCAAGCCGGUUUCAGAUCUGGUUGUAGCUGUGCGCAGCAAACUCACAUAUUAAGGAGGAUCAUGGAAAGUUUUAAGGAAUACCAACUGCCUCUGAUAGUCACCUUUGUAGACUUUAAGAAAGCCUUCCACUCCAUCAACAGGACAGUUAUGUUUGCAGUACUGCGUCAUUAUGGCAUUCCAGAAACCGUGGUUAAGGCCAUCCAAGUACUCUACAACAAUUCAAGUAGUAUUGUCAUGGUGGAUGGGAAUAUCUCAGACCCAUUCCCAGUAACAACAGGUGUCCUGCAGAAUUAUGGAUUCUGUGGU